AUGGUUCAAAUAACAACCAGAUAUCGAGCAGUCGCUUUAUUUGUGGACUCAGCCGGUAACCUCUACAUCUCGGAUGGAUAUAAUCAUCGAGUUAUGUUAUGGACACAAGGUGCCACGACUGGAGUAGUUGUUGCUGGCGGAUACGGUUAUGGUAAUACGACUAGUCAGCUGUUCUAUCCGUAUGGUAUCUACGUCGAUGGAACUUCUAGCACUUUUGUGUCGGAUUGUGGCAACGACAGGGUUAUGAAGUGGUUGAAAGGUAGCAACACUGGUAUAAUCGUUGCUGGUCUCAAUGGCCCAGGAUCUGGUAAUGCUCAACUCUUGUGUCCAGUAUCAGUUAUAUUGGAUGAGAAUGGUUAUAUGUAUAUAGCUGACAGUAAUAAUUAUCGUAUUCAACAACAAUUGCCGGGGGCUCAAGAGGGUCGAACAAUCAUUGGUGGUUCAUUCGGCCAGGGUUCAAAUCAAUUAUCGUAUGUGGAAGCAAUUAAAUUUGACUCGCAUUGGAAUCUAAUUGUUGCUGACACAGCGAAUCAUCGAAUUCAAAAAUUCAAUCUGAUUAGCAAUGGUUGUGAUUGA